AUGAGGACUCAUUUGCUCAUGGAGUGCAAGGCUGAUCCGCUGACUUGCAGCAUCUGUGCCCAGACCUUCACAAAAACGGUUACACUGACCAAUCACGUGAGGACUGAGCACACAGUGUCCAAAGCACUUCCAAACUGCAAACUCUGUGCAAUGUCCUUCAUCUCAGAUGGGCACUUUGAAAGGCAUAUGAAGACACACAAGGAGAACUACAAUUGUCCUCUGUGCAGCAAAGAAUUUAGCUACAAAUUCCAGAUUGAGUCUCACAUGAGGAAAUUUCAUUCUUCCAAAAGAACAAAACUUGAAUUUCCUAAGAAAACAUUCAAAACUGAAAUUUCUAAUGAGAAAUCCAUGAAGAAGUUUGAAGCGAAAGAUUUCAUUAUCAAAACUGAGGCAAUGUUGAAGACAGAAGUGGAAUCCAAGGAGAAGAAUGACAAGUUUGAGUGUCCUCAUUGUUCGAAAAAAUAUGUGAAUGCCAAUAUAUUUCUGAAGCAUCUUUCAACUCACACGGAAUAUAAUGCUGAAAAUGUUCAAUGUUCUAUUUGCUCAAGAAAAUUUCAUAGCAAGACGAGCUUGAGACGGCAUAGGAGUCGCUUCUGCAUGGCAAGUAGCUACAUCUGUCCAAUCUGCAAGACUUGCAGUAGUACUCCAAAUGACUUCUUUGAGCAUCUCCGUGAUCACGAUAUUAAUGUCAAUAAACCAACUUCUGUGCAAAAGAUUCAACCAAGCGAACUCCAGCAAGACAUUGAAAUUAAGAUAGAGCCACCAGAAUCAGAGACUGUGGAGAAUUUUAAGAGUGAAUUAGAAAAUUUAUAA